AUGGAUUGUAUUGAGGAUCCCGAGCAUCUGCUAUAUCAAGUUAGCGUACACUACGCAUUUAAGGAUAUCUACACAUGUCUUCGAAUCAAUAAUGCCAAUUCUGAUUUGUUGGCGGAAGAGCUUGAAAUGUUUGUAAGAAUGAUACACUCGCACCGAAAGCAAAGAGGUUACGCCGACGAUUUCUCUGACUGUCCAUUGAUUUUCAAUGAUCAACUUGAUACCGAGCCAAUCGAAGGUGUUCAAACUUCGUCGUCGAGAUCCUAUCCAUUCACAUCUCUUACCGUUCAUCCUCCACCAUCAUUUACACUGUGUCCAAAAACUUUCACCCUAUUCCCAGAACUGCCGCCCGAGAUGCGGCAAAAUAUUUGGUGUCUAUGUGCUCCUGAACAUGGGCGUGUCAUAGAGCUAAACAUAUCUAAAGAUUCAAUCUUUCCUACGAAACACCCUGCGCACGCUAUAUUCCAUGUGAAUCGAGAAAGUAGGAGCCAUCUCCUAUCCGUCAUGGGAUACGAAACUUUGAUGUUGAAAAAUAAUCGACACUUGAGAAUUAAAGCAUGGAGUAGGGAUGCCAUUAUCAAUUUUACACACGAGGUUCUUUUCCUUAAUCCGCCAAUGUUGGGAAUCAUUAAGGGCUACUCCCACCCUGAUGGUAAUAUACCAAGAAUGUUGCUGGCGCUCAAACAAGCAAUGGAGCCAGACCAAUUAGAAAGAAUCAAAACACUAGCGAUAUCAGUCAAGUGGAUUCGGGAGUUUCAGGAAGAUGGGGAUGAGACGAAGGAAAUAGUUCUCUCAAAAAUAAACGGACAUACAAGUUUGUAUGAUGUAGAUUUGUGGAAAAUGUCAUUGGUUAUACAACAAGUUGCCAAAGCCAGUUUUCGUCUUACUCGAAGAGGGAGUUAUACAAGUUGGAACCCGCCAGAGCUGGUAAUGUGUCUGAAACACACUCGUGAUUGGAAUCAAGAAAAGUUUGUUCCGGAAUUUACCUGGAGAAAGGUUCCACUGAAGGACGAUCCGUGGAGACAUCAUCACUAA